AAAGACUCGAUCAUAGAAAUUUUUCGAUCAUUGAAAUUUGAUAAAGCUUCGAACUUCAAACCCCCUCUCACCCCACGCAACUUCCCAAAACCCUCACGAAUAUGGAACCCUAAAGCUCCUUUUUUCUUCCAUUUUGAUCCUGCUUUAUGGCCUUAAAUCCUUGUUUUCACCACCACAUUAAUCAAUUGAUUCGAACUUCUUCACUGCCAAAGUCCUACCGAUUGACUAGCACGCUCCCAUGGACGCGCGUCGUCCCUCCCGCUCCGUCAUCGACCCUAAGGUCCGCCAUGUGGGGUUCUUCGCCCCCGGCGCCAACCCCCUACCGGCCCGAGCCUUUAACAAUCCGCCUGGCUCGAGUUCACCGCCUCUCGCCCAGUCCCCCGCCGGCAAUUCCCUCUCCCCGGUCAUGAUUCCCCUGCCACGUCAGCUUUCCGACCGUACUCCCGCUGUGCCUGUCCCGGAGACCGGUUUGCGGCGCCAGGGUAACGACCACGUGCCGGUCGGGAGCUAUAACCCGUCGGAAUCUCUGCUGGGAUCUUCUCCUGUCCCUUCGUCGCCUUCGGCUCGAAUCGGGAUAGCGGAUGGGGAAUUUUCCGAGGAGUCAGAUGGGUGGUACAGGUUGAAUGAUUCGCGUAAGUACGCUUCGAAUCUUCCCGAGACCACUCCGGAGAAAGCUCUUGAUAAUUCGGUGAGUACUUCUGCCCCGCCAGUGGAAAAAUCGAAAAAGUCUGCCAAAGUGCCAGAAAAGAGUGAAAAAGCUGUUGUGCAAGUGCAAAAGGAGACGCAAUCCAGCUUGAAGCCACUGAAAGCAAAAACAACCAAAGCUGAAAGGCGUGCCAUGCAGGAGGCCCAAAGAGCGGCAAAAGCUUUAACAAAAGGUGAAAAACAUACGUACACACAUGCAGCAGAGGGUGAUAAAUCUGCUGUUGUAUCUGGGGGGCCAGUUCCAAGUAAACCUUUGAAGCAGCCUUCACUGAAGAAAGAUGCUCCUCCAGUCGCAUCUUCAAUUGCAGCUUCUGAAAAGAAAGGAGGUGAUCGUCCACCCGAGAAAGAAAGGAAGAAAGAUGUUCCUCCUCCACGUAUGCAGUUUGAUGAUAAGGGCAGAGUAGAGAAGGCUAAAAGACGUGCAAUUUUCAAUCAAACGGAAGCUAGAAACAGAGUUGAAUUGUUUCGGCAUUUGCCUCAGUAUGAACACGGAACACAGCUUCCUGAUCUGGAGUCAAGAUUUUUCCAACUUGAUGCAGUGCAUCCUGCUGUUUACAAGGUUGGAUUACAGUAUUUAGCCAGAGAUAUAUCUGGGGGUAAUGCACGUUGCAUUGCAAUGCUUCAAGCUUUCAAAGAAGCCAUUACUGACUAUUCCACACCACGACAAAAAACUCUUGCAAGAGAUUUAACUGCAAAAAUCAGCAGUUAUGUGUCAUUCUUUAUUGAGUGUAGACCACUUUCUAUCAGCAUGGGAAAUGCAAUUAGGUUUGUUAAGGGCCGUAUAGCAAAGCUACCUCUAACUCUUUCUGAAUCAGAAGCAAAAGCUGCACUUUGUUCAGAUAUUGAGCGAUUCAUAAAUGAAAAAAUAAUACUUGCGGGGAAGGUCAUAGUUGAGCAUGCAGUUACAAAGAUUAGGGAUGGAGAUGUGCUUCUCACUUAUGGAUCAUCAAGUGUGGUCGAGAUGAUUCUGUUAUAUGCCCAUGAGAUGGGGAAACAGUUCCGUGUCGUGGUAGUAGACUCACGUCCAAAGCUUGAAGGUCAAUCACUACUUCGUAGGCUGGUGUCAAAGGGCCUGGGUUGUACAUAUUGUCAUAUAAAUGCCACUUCUUAUAUUAUGCAUGAAGUUACAAGAGUUCUUCUGGGGGCUGCCUCUGUAUUGUCUAAUGGAACUGUAUAUUCUAGUGUGGGGACUGCAUCUGUUGCAAUGGUUGCUCAUGCUUUCCAUGUUCCAGUUUUAGUCUGCUGUGAAGCCUAUAAAUUUCAUGAAAGAGUACAGCUUGAUUCUAUCUGCUCUAACGAAUUAGGUGAUCCAGAAGCAAUUGCAAAAGUCCCAGGAAGAACUGAUGUGAGUUAUUUGAAUAAUUGGGCCAAUAAGGGAAAUCUGCAACUUCUAAAUUUAAUGUAUGAUUGUACUCCUCCAGAUUAUAUCUCCAUGAUUAUCACAGAUUAUGGAAUGAUCCCAACCACAAGUGUGCCGGUCAUUGUGCGGGAGUAUCGGAGAGACCACUUACUCAUAUAGACAAAUUCUACAUGAGGUGCACUAUUGAAUCAAUCUAGCUAUUCAUCGACUGUGAUUGUCCCUAGAAAUGAUAAUUGCGAAUUUUUCGGACGCUUAAUGAUAUCUUUUAUCAUUUGUUACGCCUUACCAAUUUUGAUGGUAUCUGAAUUUUGUUUGGUAAACACGACUCAGUGAAGAGAGCACGAUUUUUGCCUCUCCUGAAAGUUCUCCCUAUAAUUUUGAACAUUCCCAUGUAUAUGGUGGCCUAUUGGUUUUCAAGUUUCCAGACACAGAUGGGGGAAUGGAAUUGGUAAAAACUUGUUUCUACAAA